CCAACCCUCUUGUCUUCGACAAACCACCAAACAACUUCCCCCAUCUCCAAGAAUCUGCGAAUCUCUAUCCUUUAGCAAGGAAUAGAGAGAUCGCAUUUCAUAUCUUCGGAUACCCUUCACAAACCGUCAAAGGAUCUCGAUCGCGACUGUCCUGCAGAUCGCCACGGGUUCACGACUCUCCUUUGAAUUUCCAGAGGCCCUGCGCCCUGUUAAUCUCAAGUUUUUUAAUUAAUCCUUCAACGGACAAGUGCGAUUAACUUCGACCACUGCGAUUGUUUCGAACAUCUCCGCUCAGUUCUUCCAUCAAAUACACUCCCUUGGACAUAAACGGAGACUCCAGAUUUGACAUCUGCUCGAUAACAUCGACCCGUACGGAUCCCAUCCCGUUUGCCAUCUCAAACACGUCAUUAUCUAUCACCAGACCAACGUCGACAACUCUAUGACUUCCGUCUCUCAACCCACUCAACCCCCAAGCUCGGCUUCCAACAACAACGGCGCGUCGCAGUCCGCUCAGUCUUACGCUUCCGCGACCAGAAAAGCAGUCUCGUCGCCUCCGGUCGCGACGGGCUCGUCCUCUCAAUCCCCAGCCGUGGCAGUCGGCAACGUCGCGCCGGUACAGCAUGGAAAGUCUUCGUCAAUCUCGCCAGUGAAUGGCAGAUCGUCGAUACCUCCUGCUGUACCGGUAGUUUCAACCCCGGCUAUUGCUAGCAGCAACGGGAACGCGAUGGAGCACAGCCGAAAGAGCUCCGUCACCAUCAACGGUGGCUACGUCGCAAACGGCUCCUCGAAGGCGAUCCAGUUCGGUUCGCUGGCUGAGUCUCCUGCUGCUACUCAUAGCACUCCUCAGAUCUCACAGUCGACCUCCUCGUCGGCGCCGAUUGCGAUUCCAAGCAACCCGAGAGUGACUUCUCCGGCGCAAUCGCCUUCCCCGAUCCCACAGCCAACAGCGAGUGGUGGCGGCAGACCUCCUGCAGGACUUCAGAGCGCCGGAAUGACUUUUGGUAGUCACCCGGGUGGCGAUGGCGAUCGUCACAUGCGACAUGCUUCCGUACCACAGGCACCUCUUGCCCCAGGCGCACAACCUGGCCAUGACCGACGACUUUCCGGAGAAGGCGGCAUGGGUGGUCCCAACAGAGGCGGCUUCAACCCUCAAGGCGGCCGCGGCCGUGGCUACAGCAACACCUACCAGAACCAACAGAUGGGAUACCCGCAAGGCAACCACCAGUUCCGCGGCGCUCCAAACCAGGGCCGUGGCGGCAUGCCCGGUCCAUUCCCUGGCCGUGGAGGACCUAUGCCCCAGUACCCGAACUCGCCACACCAGGCAAACCGCAGCCCUGCUCUGACCAACUCGGUACCAAGCACCCCGAACAUGGGCCAAGUCAUGCCAAUGCAGAACCCUCAGCAAUAUGGCCAAUACCACCCUCAAUACAUGCCUCAACCUCAAAACUACGGCUACCAAGCUCCACCAUACGACCGCAUGAGCGGCAUGCCUGUUCCUUCCCCAUACGCUAUGUACCCGCAAAUGCAGUACAUGCAGGGCAUGCCAGGCCAGCCACAAUCUCCCCAGCCAGGCUACCAACAGCCAUUCAUCCCAGGUCAAUACCAGCAGCAGCCACAACCCCAGGCAAUGUCGCGUACACCUUCGCAAAUGUCUGAAAGGCCAAACUCAAGCAUGGGCCAGCCACAAACUCCUUCCAUGCCAGCGUCCGUCAUUCAUCAAACUCCCCAAGCAAAGGCUGCGGCUUCUCCCAGCACUUUCCAACGCACAACCCGCAGGAGCGCCGCAAUUGUCAUCAAGAACCCAGAUGGUGACAUUGUUAAGCUGCCAUCGGCAAAGCCACCGGCGUCGCCCGUUCCAAGCAUCCAAUCUUCCAAGACUCCACCUGUUGUUGUCUCAACACCCACACCGCCACCAAAGGCUGCCACCCCACAGCACGCCCGCACUGAUAGCAAGAGAGAUGAGACUGUCAUGCAAGAAUUCAAGGACAGAGUGCGCAGAGCUGCUGAGGGCGAAGAUGCCAAGGCAUCAGACGCUGAGGGCACUGACUCUGAGAAGCCAAAGGCCGGUGAGGUUAAGGUGACUGAGGAGAAGAAGGCGGAUACUUCUGUGGCCGAUGCCGCGGCAGCCGCUGCCAAGGAGAAGCAGGAUGCCGAGGACGAGCUCGAGAGGCAGAUCAAGGAAAUGGAGGAGGCCGAAGAGGCCCGCGAGAAGGCUGAAGCUGAGGUGCUGGCCAAGCGCGCUGCCGAGAAGGCCGCUGCCGACUUGGUUAACGCUGAGAAGAACAAGUUGCUGGCCGAGGAGAAUGACCGCAAGCUUAAGGAGCAAGAGCGUGAGAUGGAGCGCAUCGAGGAUGAGCGCGAGCAGAAGCGCAAGGAUGCUGAGGCAAAGGCUGCCGGAGUUGAGGUUAAGUCCGCAGACUCCAAGGCCGAUGCUGCCCCUCUCACACCAAGCACGCUGGCAUCGAAACUCGGUGCUCUCAAGCUUGGUGGUGACAGCGGAGCAUCUACCCCAGCUUCAGAUGACUCGAUGGGCCCGCCACCAAAGGUUUUGGGCGGUGAGAAGAAGACUAAGCCUGCAGCGCUUAACCUCGCACCUCUCAACACCAAGCCAGUCGAGCCACCGCAGCCAAGUGCCGCACUUCAGUCGCUGAAGUCGGCCAGGUUCCUCUCUGUCCUGGACUCUUCCAUCUACCCACCAAACAUCUCGUCACCAAACCCUGCUCUUAACACUGCUGUUACAAGCAAGGGCAAGAGCUUCAAGUACGACAAAGAGUUCUUGCUUCAAUUCCAGAAGGUUUUCACCGAGAAGCCAUCUCUUGAAUUCGAGUCCCAGAUUAAGGCCUUGAUUGGCGACGGUGACGGAGGAUCAUCCCGCGCGGGCUCUUCGAGAACCCCAGGCGGCAUGGGCCCACGCCAGGGCUCCAACCGUGCUCCAGGUGCAUUCACCAUGGGCACAUUCGGUGUUGGCAAGACCCUUCCUCCCGGAACAACUUCCCAGCAACGCUUCGAGAUGUCUCAAGGCACUAUGCCACGACCGGCUGGUGCAAACCCAAUGUCCGGCAACUUCAGAAGCACCGGAACAUUCCCUGGUGGUAUGGGACCUGGCAGACAGCCCUCGGGCAUGGGCCAGCCGCAAUCACCGCGUAACACCAACCCCAGCCGUGGCGGUCGCCAAGGCAGCAAGCGUGAUAACACGAGCAAGCACAAUGUUGAGGCUGAGAAGAAGAUGCCUCUCACAGCUGGCAUGGUCCUGAAGCCUAUCGAGGUCACAUCCACUGGAUGGAAGCCACGCAGUCUUGCAGCUCAAUCUGCUACUGGUGCCGCCGGACCUGCUCCAGGUGCCGCAGGUGGUUCUACCCACAUGGAGCCCGAUAUGGUCCAGCGUAAGGUCAAGGCUGCUCUCAACAAGAUGACGCCCGAGAAGUUCGAUAAGAUCGCAGAUCAGAUUCUUACUAUUGCGGCUCAGUCCAAGGAUGAGGCCGACGGACGCACCCUGCGCCAAGUCAUCCAGCUCACCUUUGAGAAGGCUACUGACGAGGCUCACUGGGCUUCUAUGUACGCGAAGUUCUGCAAGCGCAUGCUUGAGACCAUGAGUCCCGAGAUCAAGGAUGAGAGCAUCCUCGACAAGAACGGCAACGUUGUGUCGGGUGGUAACCUCUUCCGCAAGUACCUCCUCAACAGAUGUCAAGAGGAGUUCGAGCGUGGAUGGAAGAUGGACCUCGGUGACAAGCCAGAGGGCGAGCGUGGCGAGGAGAAGACCGAGGAGGCUGUUAUGCUUUCUGACGCCUACUACAUUGCCGCUGCAGCCAAGAGACGUGGUCUUGGUCUCGUCCAGUUCAUCGGUGAGCUUUACAAGCUUGGCAUGCUUACUGAGCGUAUCAUGCACGAAUGUGUCAAGAAGCUUGUCGAUUAUACUGGUAUUCCUGAUGAGGCUGAGAUUGAGUCGUUGACCAAGCUCCUCAAGACUAUCGGAGGCAACCUCGACAGCACCGAGAAGGGCAAGCCAAUGAUGGAUAUCUACUUCAGCCGCAUCGUGGCCAUGACAGAUACCCCAGAGUUGCCCAGCCGUCUUAAGUUCAUGCUUAUGGACAUUGUGGAUCUCCGUAAGAAGAGAUGGGUGUCGAAGGAGGACAACAAGGGCCCUAAGACUCUUGAGGAAGUUCGCGCAGAGGCUGAGGCUGCUGCCGCACAGAAGGCUGCUGAGAAUGCUCGUGGACCCCGUGGAGGUGGUGGAGGACGUAUGCAACCUGGCCGCGGUGAUUCGCGCAACUUCUCCAACCAAUACGGCAACCAGCCCCCGAUUGAUUACUCGAAGAACACCGUUGCCACUGAUGAUCUCCGUCGGUUGACAAACAAGGGAGCCAGCCGUGCUUCCGGAGCGCCAAUGUCGUUUGCCCCUACAUCGAUGUUCUCGUCGAGAAGCAACAGCGGACGCAAGAUGGGACCUGGAGGAUCGCUAUCCAGAACUGGAGACGACUCGGGAGCCUCAUCCCGCACCGGAACCCCACCACAACAGAAGGAGAAGGAGCCCGUCGCCACAAUCAACGCGUUCAGUCUUCUUGGUGACCUGAACGACCACGAACCGGAGAACCCAACAUCUCCCCCUCCAGCUGAUUCUCCAGUCCUGACCAAGAGCGAUCUUGCGUCAGGCGAGAAGAAGGGGGAGUAGAUUUUGAGCGCCAUUCGUGUCAUAGCGUCUUGCAUGCCCAAUCUCUUGUGCCUAGACUGCGGGCUUUCCCAUUCUCCAUGCAUUUCCGGCGGGUUUUCAUUCCAACAAACGUGUGUUAAAAGUUGCUUUCUCAGUCUCAAUGAUACCUCAGAUCGGCUUAUAGAACUUCGGUCCCGCAUUAGGUCCUAUCCGGGAAGGGCCUUACCUCUUUUUAAUGUCUCCUGUUCUCGUCAGUCGAAAAAACCGUACCCUCGUCUUCUUCUCCUUCCUCAGCACAUCGAACAUCACCCCUCCCUCGAGUACUGGAUAUAGAAAAACGCGGAACGAUCAAAACCGACGGGUUGCUUUUUUUACACUAUCCGAAAUAAUCGCGUGGUACUUCUCCUUUCUUUUUCCUUGCCGCCGGAGCAUUACGCGAGAUUCGCCACGGAGAG